AUGGAGAACUCAACGCAGGUUGUGUCAUUUGUGUUGGCUAUGUAUGGUAACAUUGGACACUUGAAGUACCUGUAUUUCACUUUGGCAUUACUAUUUUACUUAUCAGUUAUUUUUGCCAACACAGUUCUUAUUGUCAUUAUUUAUCUGGACAGAAAUCUGCAUGAGCCCAUGUAUCUUUUCCUGUGUAGUUUGUUUGUUAAUGAAAUAUACGGCAGCACGUCUUUGUUGCCAUGCUUGAUGGUGCAAAUUUUGUCAGAGACUCAUGAGAUUUCUGCCAUUUCCUGCUUCCUUCAAAUAUUCAACAUUCAUACAUAUGUAGCUGUUGAAUUUGGAACAUUAACAAUAAUGGCGUAUGACAGAUAUGUAUGUAUUUGCAAGCCUUUACAUUACAAUGCCAUCCUAACUAAACAAAUAGUGCAAAAGGUCAUUCUUGUCAUUUGGAUUGUUUCUUUUAUAGAGGUGGGAGUCUUAUUGUCCUUUACUAUUCGUAUAAAGCGAUGCAGGGCUGUUAUCAACAAAGUCUUUUGUGCCCACCACCUUGUAGUGGAACUUUCUUGUUCAUCAGACAGAACAGUGUCACUUAUUCACGACCUGGUGUUUGGCCUCGUUUUCACAGUUGCUGGUCCUGUCUGUUAUAUUUCAUUCACUUAUGUGAGGAUUUUGUCUGUGUGUUUGAAAGCUUCCAAAGAGACCAAAAUGAAGGCUUUUGAGACCUGCACUCCACAUUUAGUUUCACUCAUUAGUUUUGUCUUUGCUUGUUUUUACAGUUUGGUCACCCAGAGAUUUGACUUGUUGUCUGUUCCAUAUCCACUGUGUGUCGUCUUGUCUAUGUAUGUAGUGAUAAUUCAGCCUCUUCUAAAUCCAAUCAUGUAUGGCCUAAAACUCUCAAAAAUCAGACAUGCUUGUAACAAAAUGUUGACAUUAAAAACAUUGCAACUCUACAUUUUUUCAUGUUGA